CACGACUAGACAGUGUAUCAAGAAAAUCCAACUUGACAAAACUUUACAAAUUCCUUUGGCCAUCACGGCCAUCAGUUCUAUCAAAUUUGAGCGUUUUCAAAGUGUCAUAAAGUAUCGUGGGAAAUUUUCGCAGUAUUUCAGAUGAAAAUGGUGUACAUUUUCUCGACAUAUUAAUUGAAUUUCGCAUAAUUGUAGUGUUUUUUAGCUCCGAAAGAACUGAUUGAGUGAAAAAGUGAAGUUGUCUUGUGUCUAGUGUUAUUAUAAUGAAUAUGGAUAAACAACGAAAGCUGUCGACGUCGGGUGAUACCCUCUACCAAACACUAGGAAUACCGAAAACAUCCACUGCCGAAGAAAUAAAGAAAACAUACAGAAAAUUGGCCUUAAAGUAUCAUCCAGACAAAAAUCCUGAUAAUCCAGAUGCAGCGGAAAAGUUCAAGGAAGUGAAUCGAGCUCAUUCCAUUUUAAGCGACCAAACAAAACGGAAUAUCUACGAUAGCUACGGUUCAUUAGGACUAUACAUUGCCGAACAGUUCGGCGAGGAAAAUGUGAAUGCCUAUUUCGUUGUAACAUCGCCCGCUUGCAAGGCUUGUUUCAUAAUCUGUGGUAUCAUAAGCGGAUGUUAUUGCUGUUGUUGCUGCUGCUGUUGCUGCAACUUCUGUUGUGGUAAAUACAAACCGAAUCCACAUGGCCACGAUGCAAGAGAUUAUCAACAUUUACAUGAGGACUUCAAUGACUUGGAGGAAGUACAAAUUGGUGGUGCACCGGUAACUUCACAACCAACGGCUGGUAAAGGUGCUGGAGCGAUGCCAGUUUAUGCAAUGCCGCCACCACCAUCGAAUCCAAAUAAUCCAUUUGCGAAUAUGGCAGCAACGGAAGCGACGUCACUAAGCUCAUCCGGUCAGGCUACUUAUACACCAGGCAUGACGUCUUCAGCCCGACAAGGAUGAAUAAUAAACUAAACUAUCCGUCAGCGUUAUAAUUCAACAUUUAAAUUUAAUGGGAAAUUUAAAUUUACCAAUGAAUUACGAUUUAAAAAUCUAAGCAACUAAAAUAAAUAACUGGAUAUGUAUUUUGUGACCAUUGGUGGACCAUUGGGCACAGACAUCACAGCUGUACAUUAUCUAUGAUUGAAUAUUAUUAUUAUACCAAUAAUAUAAACAGUAAGUCAAAUUGAGUCAAAUAUAAAAUGAGGUGUGUUACUAACUUCAGUGUUUAUUAAGUACACUCAGUAAUUUUAUAUAACUACGGAAUUGCUGCAGAAAAUUCAAAAAAAAAAAAAAAAACCAAAAUCAAUAAAUAAAUUAAGAAAUAAACAAAAUGAAAAAUAUAUUUAAUUAUGAACCCAUUUACUGUAACAUAAAAUAGAGAAGAAGGAUAUGCAACCGAAAAACCAAUGAUUUUUAGACACUAGAUGUGUAAUUGUCGCACUAGCUGACUUUGACAUCGUGUGUUGCUAGCGUUUUUCACAAUAAUGUCAACAAAAAUAUUAUUUUAAUCUAUUUUUGUUCACCAAUCGAAAUUAGUUUUUUUCUUUCCGAAUUAAUUAAGUUAGAACUUUAGUGUAUACGUUUAUUUAUGUAAAAUAUUUAUCCAUCCGGUAUAGCGAUAGUCUUUCUUGGAUCGUACUGACAAAGUACCAGAACCAGUGAGUGAUAAUUCUAACAUUUUUAUAUUUAAUUUUGAUUUUUCCUUUAACUUAUUUAUGUUUGAUGUUUGAUUUGAUUACUCACUCAAUUGAAUUAACAGCGUUACAAUCAGUAUUGCUGUAUAAGGUGUAUGAAUUUGACUUUUCCGAUUCCAAAGAAUUUUCCAGAAAAACCUUAAACAAUUUUCACUGUCGUAUUGAAGAUUUUCCUCUUCUAAAAGUUAUUUUGACAUUUUUAGACAUUUUUAGAUCCGUACGAAGUAUAGGGGUAAUAUUAUCGUUGAAGACAUCAUGACAUAUUUUCUGUUUACUUUAGUGACAGUCUUCGUUAUUACUUCCCGAUCUUUAAAAAAGUAUGUGAGAAGAUCGUCACUCGCCUUUUGGAAUUAAAAGAAGAAGCAGCCUGAAAUAUAAGUUAGCUUAAAAUGCAGUACCAACAAUUUUUUAAGUAAUCUUGAUUCAGUAGACUUGAUUUCUUAAUUUCCAAUUCAUUCUUUGUGUUAAUUCGAAAAGAUGAGAUGUUAUGAGGAGAGUCGUCAACGCUUCCCAACAGAAUUCUUUACAUUGAAAUGGUCUACAUCAAAACCAUUAGCUUCCUUUGAUUCAGGUUAUAAAAAAAACCCAAAUCAACAAUCGAAAGCAGAAAGGAAAUUGUGAUUCCUAAUCAUUAAAUCGUAAAUAAGAAAAUGUUGCAAACAAAAAUGCAGGAAAUGAAGGUUUAAGUUUAAAUGUCAUUGCUGUGUCGUAUUAAAAUAAUGAAAUUUUAGGUAAACUAUUUAAACAAAGAAAGAAAAAAAAACUUUAAAUUUACCUUUCGGACAACAAGUUUCACUCCGCUUCAAAAAUAUAAUGUUACACUAAGUGAUUUCUUUUAUAAAAUGAAAUUGAAUGAUUUGCUGCACCAGUUUCAUUUUAAAACGGGCAACUGAUUAGAAUUCGAUACGAAAAUCAAAGACACA